AUGUCCACAACAACUUCACCGACCGUAACUCUAAGCUAUCCAAUUCCAAGUACGAUAAAAUCAACAACCGUAGUAACGGAUACAUUUGAAACAAAUAUAAUCGAUACAAUAAUAUUACAGAAAACUCCUCCCCCCUCUUUACCAACUUCUCUAGAUGAUCCGUCAAUUCCUGGAAAGGAUUCUUCCGCCUCCAUACGAGAAAAUGAUCGUAUUCCCAUCAUAAUAGUGAUUUCCUUUCUCGUAAUACUCUUUCUCACGGCCCUUCUAUUUGUGUAUAUACAUGGAAAACGUAAGAAACGUCAGCAAAAAGCCCUAGCUACCGCAAUAAUAGAUGCAGAAACGGGAGAAAUUUCCAUGUCCGAUUCACCUUCACCCCCUCCCCCUCCUACACCGCCCCCAACCCCUCUUCCACACGCUUUUUUGAGAGAUGAUGAGAUUUCGCAACAUUCAAGUAUUACGAUCGAGCCAGCACGUCCACUACCGCGUUAUAAGAUAUCAACAUUACAGAUUGAGCCAAUGACAAAACGUUUAACUAUGAAUCUGAGUCAAAAAGGCAAAAAAAUCAUUAACGUCGUUAGUUUAAGAGAUGGAGAUGAUUAUGAUUUUCAUGGAAGUAGUGAUGAUGAGAGUGGAAAUAAAAGUGGAAGCAAGGGAGAAAAAGGAAAUAAACGAUUUUCCGUACGGAAAAAUUUUUGGAAAUGA